AAUUCUUCUGGCUCUCGAGCUGCGCCGAGCCUGCGGCUGCCCCGGCGUCGCUCCGGUGUCAUUGACGCCGCGAGACUGGCUGCCUGCACGGCUGCCGCGUAAUUCUGCACCCAUACUACCGCUCAGUAUUGAAUGGCGCAUUACGGCAGGCGCGUCCUCCAACCGGCGCUGACGGCGUCGUUCAGACGGCAACAGAUACGGCGGAUCCGCGGUCCCGUACGCCGUAUUGAUCUCCCGGGAGCCAAACUCAAGCGCCCCAAGACGUUCGGUGAAAAGCUUUAUGACUGGGCGUUUCCCGCCGAAACGCCGGACGAGCAGCGAUGGCGGGACUACCGGCGCCAACUGGCGGACGACUUCCUGGGACAAACCGACGAAAUCAUGAGUCUCCACUACGGCGGGAAGGGCGACAGAAUGGCCCAAGACAACAAACUUAUGGGGGAGAUAGGCAAGCACGGGAAGACCGAGGAGGAAGCGUGGCGAAACUAUUGCGCGAAAUUAUUUGAUCGUGACCCCAAGGAUUUUAAGUAGGACCACGACUAGCCAGAGUCUGGCAUCUUCUUUCCCGUUUCCCAUUUUCCAACA